AUGAUGUUUUAUUCCGAUUUAUUUGCACUUAUUGUAUUAUCAGUAGUUGGUGGAAGCAUUUAUCCGUUUAUUCGCGAUAGUUAUGUUUCAAAGUAUGCAACAUUUACAUCUGAUGAGUUGCUAGAAGCGAAGAAAACAGCACGAGAUAUGUUUUACUUUGCAUAUGAAAACUACAUUCAACAUGCUUUUCCAAAAGACGAGUUAGAUCCUAUUAAUUGCACAGGCCGAGGGCACGACCAUCUUCAUCCGUCGAAUCUCAAUAUUAACGAUGUACUUGGCGACUACUCACUUUCUUUGAUAGAGUCCUUGGAUACUCUAGUUGUGUUUGAAAAUCGAACUGAAUUCCAUAAUGCUAUACGUUUGGUGAUCAAUAACGUUUCAUUUGAACGGAAUGUUACUGUUCAAGUAUUUGAAGCUACUAUAAGGGUCAUUGGUUCCCUUUUGUCAGCUCAUUUAAUUCUUACGGAUGAGUCACAUAUGCUAGGUAAUUACACCUUAAGCGAAUACAAUGGAGAAUUGCUCACAAUGGCACAUGAUUUAGCCACUCGACUUUUGCCAGCUUUUGAUGACACUAAGACUGGACUACCUUUUCCGCGAGUAAAUUUGCAAAAUGGUGUGAAAGAAGGAACUGUUAAUGAAAAUUGCCCUGCUGGAGCUGGGAGUUUGUUGUUAGAAUUUUCAGUUCUCUCGCGCCUUCUUGGUGAUAGCACAUAUGAAAGUUUAGCCAGAAAAACCAAUCAAAAAUUGUGG